GAUCCUGACCGCAAAAUGGCGAUAUCAUUUGUUGGUCCAUGAAACCCAAACAGGAGAGGCAAACUUGGGCGAACACUUUUAUGAAUGACAUUAAUUAAAUAAAUUUAGGCAAACAUUGCAUUUACUUUGUGCACUAGGUUUCGUAAAUUACAUCAUCUCUAGUAUAAGUAAUCAUUCGAUAUGUCGGAUGACGAAGACUUAGUUUACGUCAAAAAGCAAAAGACUGUGCAUUAUGGAUCAUUGGAAGAAGCAGAACGUGCAAGGUUGGCUGCAGCAGCAGAAUCUUCUGAAGAGGAGAAGGAUUCUACAAAUUUGGGGGAUAGUCUCAAUGCUGCUGCCACUUUGGGAAAUGUACACAUAUCCAAUGAGUAUAUGGAACUUGAAGAUGAGAUGUCCAAGGACAGGCAAGCUCUCUUAGAGGAGUUUGAACGCAGAAAAAAAGCUCGUCAAAUUAAUGUAUCUACAGAUGAUUCAGAAGUAAAGAAAAAUUUAAGACAAUUAGGGGAACCUAUUUGUCUGUUUGGUGAAGGACCUGCAGACAGACGAACAAGAUUAAGAGAGUUAUUAGCUAGUCUAGGGGAAGAUGCAAUUAAAAAGAAGCACGAAGAAGACGAGAAACCUUCUCAUGCUGUUGAAAGGGAUACAGAAGCAACAUGGUAUCACGAGGGACCAGAAUCGCUACAGAUUGCCCGUUCUUGGAUUGCUACGUAUUCAUUACCUAGGGCAAAGGCUAGAUUGGAUAAAGCAAGACAGGAUUUGGAGUUACCAACGGCUACACGUACAGCACGUCGUCAAGAACUUUUGAAAAAAUUGCAAGCGCUAACGAUUUAUUGUUCUCAAAUUGGGGAUACCAGACCAAUUUCCUUCUGUCAAUUCAGUCCAAACUCCAAGCUGUUCGCGACAGCUUCAUGGUCAGGCUUGUGUAAAAUAUGGUCUGUACCCGACUGUACUUUGUUGCGAACACUUAAAGGGCAUACUUGUAAUGUUGGCUGCAUUGUUUUUCAUCCAAAAGCUACUAUUACCGAGGAGGUGAUAGGGGAGAAAGCAGGACAGACUUGCGUAUUGGCGUCCUGUGCUGCGGACGGAACGGUAAAAUUGUGGAGCGGAGGAUCAGGUGAGGAACCACUCGCCGAAGUUGAAGGUCACGAGCCGCACAGAGUUUCAAGGUUGGCAUUCCAUCCAUCCGGUCGAUUCCUUGGAACGUGCUGUUACGAUGCGUCUUGGAGGCUUUGGGACUUGGAACAGCAAGCAGAAGUUCUUCAUCAAGAGGGUCAUGCGAGGGCUGUGCAUUGUAUUAGCUUUCAGUGCGACGGUAGUGUAAGUGCUACAGGCGGCCACGACUCCUUUGGCAGAGUGUGGGAUCUUCGUACAGGAAGAUGUAUUAUGUUUAUGGAAGGUCAUUUAAAAUCUAUUUUUGGAAUUGAUUUCUCUCCUAACGGAUUCCAUAUAGCCACAGCGAGCGAGGACAACACUUGCAAGAUAUGGGACUUGCGAAAAAGAUCAUGCGUAUACACGAUACCUGCGCACACGAAUUUAUUGUCCGACGUGAAGUAUCAAAGGUUAGAGGGGCAGUACCUGGUCACGGCAUCGUACGAUAGUACUGCUAAAAUCUGGUCGAACAAAACUUGGCAACCUCUGAAGACGCUACCCGGUCACGACGGCAAGGUCAUGUGUGUUGAUAUUUCUCCCGACCAUAAAUUUAUCGGGACUAGUUCUUAUGACAGAACUUUCAAACUGUGGGCUCCCGAAAACAUGUGAAAUGACUCAAAUAAAGCGUGGUGCAUGAUUCGAGGAACUUAUCGAGUUCACCACUUGACAACGCUAUUUCCGUGACUACAAGUGAUAACUAUACGUUCAUUUUGUAACAUAGAAAGAAUGAAUUGAGAUAUAUCCUUUACUACCUGUCCCUUAUUAUGUUUUAAUACAUGACAUAACA